CGCGCACGGACUCGUCCACACCGCACACCUUCACACACCACAUAAAAAUGGCCGCCAUCGCUUCCUCCUCCAUCACCGCCAAGCGCGCCGCGUUCACCGGCCGCGUCAGCCUCCGCGCGAAGUCUUCCGCGCCGGUCGCGAUGAAGCCCCGCGGCAUGACCGUGAUGGCGUUCAAGGUCACCCUCGAGACCCCGGAGGGCGCGCAGGAGAUCGAGUGCGCGGACGACACCUACGUCCUCGACGCCGCCGAGGAGGCCGGCAUCGACCUCCCGUACUCUUGCCGCGCGGGCGCCUGCUCUUCCUGCGCGGGCAAGGUCACGGCUGGCACGAUCGACCAGUCCGACCAGUCCUUCCUCGACGACGAUCAGAUGGGCAACGGCUUCGUCCUCACCUGCGUCGCGUACCCGACCUCCGACUGCACCAUCAAGACCCACAUGGAGGAGGAGCUCUACUAAGCGGCUCGUUCGCGGAGCCGCGCGCGAGGAACGCGCGCGAGUCAAGGAUGGGGUGCUGCGCGAGUCGACGCGUCCGUCGUCGUCGCCGUUCCGAGGAUGGAGACGAGCGGCGGGGUCGCGGCGGCUCGAAGCGAUCGCUAAUUUUUUUCAUCGGUCAACGCGGUGUUAUGUAAUAAUUCACGGCUGACCAGCGAUGCACAAACGAAA